AUGGCGACCAUGAGGUCAGUGUCAAUAGGUGAGGAGUCUCUCACUGCUAUACAUGUUUGCAUUGGAGAAGGUCCAGUAUAAGUCCACAUUAUUGAUUACAUGUAAAAACAAGAGUAUGUCACUCAAGGAAGGAGUGAGGGGUUGUCACUUACUUUAGAAACUUCAAUUUUUAAAUGUUGGUCCAUUCACUCUCACCUGUGUGGAAAAUUUUAUUUUGUCAACACACCAGAGUUCACUAUAACUGAAUAAGACAUUGUGCUAGCCAAUAGUCAUGUUGCUGACAAUGAAUUUUACAUUCCUAUGAUUUUAGAAGUAGAACUGAAGAUCUGUUUCACUGAUCACUAGGUAAUUGCUAAUGUAAUUUUUUUUGUUGUCCAGAAAUGUACCAUUAUUGGAGCAUUUCAUAGAAUAAAAGGCACAUUUUAAAAGAUAACGCAUAGUGUUCAAAUGAAAUGUUUUACUUUAUUUGCUGCCUUUUAUGCUUCUGAUUCAUAAUGUCCUCUAAUAAUAUUUCUACAUUUAUCUGAAUUUAUAGAGAUAUAAAUAUAUUCAUUUUCUUUAAUUUCCCUGAUGCAGCACUUUGGUGUAAAAUAAAAGACUACCUUAGAGCACAUGCUGUUCCAUCAAAGGAUGAGCAGAAGAAAUACCAUCAUGAUUUUGCCCUUACAACUUCAUUUCAUGGCGUCCAUAAUCUUGUAAACAACGGCAAUUCCGGAGUAAAAAGCACAAUCCGUAAGAUUGCAUGGGUGUCUGUUGUUACAGUUUUCAUCAUCGUGGCCUUUUGGCAAGUUUGCAUGCGAUUUAUUAAUUUUUACAGCUGGCCCACAACCACUUCAGUAACAGUGCAAUACGUUGAAAAUAUUGAAUUCCCAUCUGUGUCGUUUUGCAAUUUAAACAGGUAAGACUUGAACCUCAAAAAAUCAUUAACUUAUCUGUAUUUUUAUUUUCUUUCAACUUGUUUAUAUUCAAGAAUUAGAUCAAGUGGUGGAGAACACUGCUCUAAAGUUGUUCUUCUUUAAACAACUCAGUCUCUUUUGGAAAUGUUUUUCAUAUUUUGCAAAGACCCUCAAUGUGACAUGCUCACUUUAUGUUGGAUAGCUGGAGGAAGAAGCCAAAUGAAGAUACACUUACCUAAAUUUCUCUCUCCUGGACACCAUCAACUUUCUUAUUUUGUCAGUGCUGUGUUCUCACACAUACACAAGACUAAAGCUUAGAGGUCAAUUAAGGAUUGUGCAGGGCACCCUAAUGUGCAAGAAGUUUUUUUUCCCACAGCUGGUGCUAGCAAUAGCUGCCAGGAAAUGAUAGCAGUUCAUGGCAGAAUUACCAUUGUCUGUCAAUGAAGCUUGGCACACAAGAGAAAGUAGUUUUUAAUUUGUUAUGUAGUAUCUUUAAAUAAUUUAUUUUUAUUAAAUGCACAGAAGUUGGCAGAGCCGCUUUAGUCGUGAUCAAGUCGUAAGAGCUGUUGCACACUCUAGGUCAGUUUAGGAAGCUUAUUCAUCAUGCCAGGUUAUAAUAUGUAAAAAAAAAAUUUGAUAUAUUUAUAAAAAAUAUAAAAUGACUUCAUAAACUUUGACUGUAUAAAUAUAAAAAAAAAAAGGUGAUCAGUUGAUCUUAAAGGGACACUGUAGGCACCCAGACCACUUUAGCUCAGCUCACUUCAGCUCAAAUAAACUGCAAUGUUUACAUUGCAGCACUAAGUCUUCCCUCAGUGGCUGUCUACCUGAGUUGAAAUGGGCCUUUGGCCCGGUAUCUGAUGCUGGAUGUCCUCCCGCUCAAUGUCAAGGGACAUUGGCACUGGGAAAAGAUAAGUAAAUAAAAGAUUUUUAACCCUUUAAUACCUGGGGAGAGGGGGAUGUUGAUGAAGCUUGUUAUGUAGUAUCUUUUAAAUAAUUUAUUUUUAUGAAAUGCACAGAAGUUGACAGAGCCGCUUUAGUUGUGAUCAAGUGGUAAGAACUUUUGCACCCGUCAUGCCAUCAUGCCAGGUCAUAAUUUGUAAACUAAUUUAUUUAUAUAAUUUAUAUAUAAUUUGUAAAAAAUAUAUUCUGAAAAAAUAUAAUCUGACUUCAUAAACUUGGAUUGUAUCAAUGUGAAAAAAAGUUGAUCAGUUGGUCUUAAAGGGAAUUUGUAGGCACCCAGACCACUUCAGCUCAUUGAAGUGGUCUGGGUGCAGUGUUUCUUUUCCAAAGAAACUGCAAUGUUUAAAUCUUGUCAUGGGUACUUGGAGGGGCCUGCUUGCCAGCCUCCUGCCAAAAGACUAUGGGCCCUUUAAAACCUAUGUGAACAGACUUGGUUUUAUAUUUGGUUCAGGAACCGAACAGGCGCACGAACCAGAGACCACCCAGGAGCUUGUUAAGCCUAAUUGCUAAUUUGUAACACUUUCCACCGCAGUGUUCUAAGUGUUCAUCUGGGUGGCCGCUGUUCGCAUGAAUGACCACGAGGUGACAGCGGUGUUUGGUCAUCGAGUUAAUGGAACUGAAUCACCCAAACACCGCUGGACUUCCAGGAUCACCUGCGCUCGGUUCUACACAACUUAGAAGGGCCCUGUUCCCACGAACAAGGUGAACAAGCUCUAGGGUAAGAACAUUGACUAUGUCCGUUAGUUUGUUCAGUUUUUAAGCUACCGAACUAGACCGACCGCAAGCCCUGAUUCUCUGGAACUGUUCUGGGCAUGGGACCGUGCGGUCGGUCAAAUUAUGACGUCCAGGAAAUUCCCAAACCCCUGAAGUUGUCACUUAUUCAUCCGCACAUAAGAAUGUGGUUAAUGUCAUUUACUGUCCUGACAGGAGAAGUUGUGCCGAGCAACAUUAUGUCCUGACAGGAAAAGUUGUGCCGCACAGCAAUCAUGCACAUGGAAUUACUUUUGGGGUCAAAGGCCGGUCAUGGCCAAUCAAAUCCACAGGAGGGUUUGUGCUGAGCAGCAAUCAUGCACAUGGAAACCUGGUAAUUGCCUUUGGGGUCAAAGGCCGGUUACUGGAUCAGAUCCACAGGAGGGAUAUUUAAAUCCAACUCUCCUCUUGCUCAUUGCCCUGUCGUGGUUUCAUACCUAUGGUUAUCCGAGAGUGCGUUCCUGAUCCUGAUUUUCUGGUAUUUGACUUUGGCUUUGUUUUGACUUCCCUGAUAUCUGGUAUCCUUGACUUUUGGCUUUCCCUCAUCUUUAUGUCUGAUUCUGUGUCCCUGACCUCGGCAAGUAUUUUGACUAUUCUAGGAGAAGUCCGGCCAUUCUAAGGUCCGGUUAUACAUUAUCCUUAGUCCUAGGUAUGACACAGUACUGCAUGCUGGAUCAACUUGUAAUCCUGACAGAACCAACCUGGGUAAUUUUGGGAUAUGUUAGUCAUCCAGAUCGGGGCUAUCAGGAGAUGUAACGUUUGUGGGGUUUUGUGUGUUUAAAGGUAUUUUUGUGGUUUUAUAAAAAUGUAUGUUUUCUGUGCCUGGAGAUAAUUGAGUUUAGUAUAGUUCCUGACUCAAUUAUCUCCCAGGUGUGGGAGUGUCCUGGAUCUGAGAGCCAAUGUAAUCAUGUGUAUGUUUUUGCUGUAGUCUACUCUCGGGUCUAGUGGGGAAUGCCCCUGGAAUAUGUUUGAGGAAACCCCUUGCAUGGGGACUGACAUAAAAGGCUGUGUGUGGCUCACCAAUAAACAGAAUGUCUUAUCCCUUCAUGAAGUCUAGGCUCAUUUUUGGGUGAUUGGGAGCUACAUUCACACUCUGUGGAUUGCUGUACUCCUUAUACUCCCUGGGAUUAUAAUCACUAGCUCUUGUAAGAACUAUCCUGCUUUGUUCUCUGGACUUGGAGAGGUCUACUCACUGGUAGUUGGAUCCUGGUCUUGGGUCCAGGGUGGGUGGAGGACAGCGAGACCCCAACCAAGUUGCGGCAGUUUGUGGGGUUUAUGGGUGGUUAUGGUGUCCGGUGCGGUUCUUAUGGUACUCAAGGAUUACUAGGAAUCAGCGAUUGGCAGAGGUACCCGGUCGGGGUGCCAGGCAUCCGUCACAGACGUGAGGUAGGGGGAGGCAGGGGAAGCGAUAGUGCCAGGAAUACAACUUUGUACAGUAUCCCUUUAAGGAGAAUAGGAUUUGGCAAUGUUUGUUUCAGUUGAAAUGUUGUGCAAUCCAUCUUUGAUGCUGGAAUAAUAAUCACUUGUGAAAAUUAUGUAGCUUUGUCAUGCCUCUCUACUGAUUAUAGACAAUAGGUAAAAUAUCAAAGAAUAUGAUUUGAACAAGCAUAUUUCAGGAUUCUUAGGACAUGUUGUUAAUAAUAACAACCUCUAAUGAUAUCUUGAUUAUAAGGCUGGAGAAACUAAAAGUCACAGGAGAAUGAAAAUAGCCUUCAAAAAUUAGUACACCAGUUCAUGGAAUUCACAAAUAUUUAAAGAGAAUUCUCCAAAAUUGUUGCUCCUAUAAGACACUUACCAAUAUGGACAAAUCUAAUAAAUGUGCAUAGAACACUAUUACAAGCUUGUUCUUUAAACAAGCUUUUACUUUGGCUCUAGGUCGAUAUAGAUUCCUAUAAUUUGAAUUUAAGCUAUAUAUUUUAGAAAGUAGGAUCUGAGCACUUGUGUUUCAGAAAGAUCUCAUCUAAACUUGUAUUCAGUGGAGGUUGCUCCUUAAGGGACAUACUGCCCCCUCUCCCAGUUUUUAUUGCAAAUACGAAAAUUAGUCAUGAGUUCUGCUGUUUCAUCCCGCUUCCAUUAUUGAUAGCUGAAGAUGCUGCUGCGAGGCUAGCAACCAAGUAUGGCCUCAAUUUAAUAUUGCUGGAUAAGCUUUUCAAAUGAUUUAAUAUUUUUGGAUAAACUUUUAAAAUGAUUUAAUAAUAAAAAAAUAUAUAAACAUAUGUCUAUCAUUCUAUGGUGUUGAACAGGGUAGGAACUCUUUUUGGGUCAGGGGUUGAGUAUAUGGGGUUAAAUAAGCUGAGUCCACCAAGUUAGGGAGAUGAUGCCAAUUUCAGAGAUAGAGUCUAGUGCGCCAAAAUUUUUAAACAUCACUAGUCUCUACUGCUUGAAUUUCUGCUUAUUGCUACAUCUUUAACACAACCUCACUUUCUAAGAAACAACAAAGGGAUAAUGUAGAUAUCUAGGACCUCCUAAUAAUCUAUAUGAGAUUAGUGUCUUGUUAAUGUGACUCUAUUCUUUCUUGAACAUAAGAGUUUGUUAUACAUCUCAUAGAAUCUGCUUGAUUCUAUGAGGAAGACAGAAUUCCAUAAAAACAACCUUGUUACUGAGUUUCCAUUGGAGGAACGCAAUAUAAUAGUGAAUUGUAAUUACACCAGGGAAUUAAAGUUUCUCCAUGUUUUAUAUUUCGGUCAGAAAUUUGCAAAGGGCUUCUCAGCUCAAAGGAACUCACUGUUUUGUAAACAGAUCAACUUCUGGUAGGGACAAGUAGUAAAACUACGGUUGGAUUACUUAAAGUACCUUUCAUAAAGUAUGUCUUUUAUUAUUUUUUUUUUAACCUCAGUGUAUUUCCAAAAUGUUAUACAAAAUUUAAAUUUUUUAUCUAUUCAUUUAAUCACUUCUUUGUAUUCAGUAAAACAUAUGUGUCUUUUAAAUACCCAAUUCUAGAUUCCAAACCAAAGCAGUAAACAACCUCAGUAUUGCAUUUUUUAUGUGGAAUGUUGUGUCUGCAGUUCUCCUCUCAACAAGCAUUGAUGCAGAGGAAAAUCAUUUGCAAGAGGUAAUCGAUUUCCUGCAACGCAACCAAAACUUCAGCAUUAAGGAGUUUACCAGGAAUUAUGGAUUUUAUCUAAAUAAGAGUACGCUGUUAAAAUGCAGCUAUUUUGGUGUCCCAUGUUAUGCAGAGGUACAGUAACUUACUUUACUUACUUUAUAAUUGUUUAUAUUGUUCUCUUAAAUAUUUAAAGGGGGGCUUUCACUUUCCAGGAUUUUUAUUACGAUUACUUCUUCCUAUAGUUAAAGGAACACUAUUGAGUUAGGAAUACAAAGCUGUAUUCCAAACACUACAAUGUCUCUCUGCCGCUCCUCCCCCAUCCCCCCAAGGGAAUUAAAAAACCCUUUAAACAUUUUCCACAUUCCAGCGCUGAAGUUACUUCGGCGCAGACUCUGUCUCCGCCUCCUUUGACAUUAUUGCAGAGGGGGAAACUAAUGAACAUGUGGGAGAUUUGAAGACACUGGACUUCAUCCCAGCAUCGUUAAACCCCAUAUAAAUGUAGGAAUCGCCUCUUUCUGGUUUCUCCGAAACUGCAAUUAUUAUUAUUAUAUAUUAUUUUAUUAUUUAUAUAGCGCCAUCAGAUUCCGUAGCACUGUACAAUGGGUGAAUGUUUUUACAUUAUAAGAUUAAGGGGACAGUGCAAGACAAUGUUUCUGUUCUCUUCUUCAUUUGCCAGGCUUGCUCUGGCUUUGCCUUGUCUGAAAUGGAUUUUGCUUCCAUUUGCUAAAUUCUUAAUAUACAUUUAAGAAAAAACUGAGAAUGUCAUGAAAAAAGCUAACAUGUUACGAGUGAUUUUUGAUGUUUUAUUCAGUUGUGUACUUUAAAUAAAAGUGACAGUUCCCCCUUAAAUGCCAUGGUCAUUAUUUUAAUUUUAUUUUAUUUUUGCAAUGAUCAUUCUGCCUCUUUAAAUAUGUAUUACCAUGUAUUUUGUAUGGUGUUUUAAUUGUGGUACAAUAUAAAACUGCCUUUGUGGAGUUAAAACAUAGCUGGCACUCAAAAUCUUUCCAAAAUCCACCAAAUUAAGUACUGUAUUGUUAAUAAUAAGCCACGUCUCCUAUUGUAUUCCAUCUGAUUAAAGAACACUGUCUUAGCUACCUGUAAGGCUUAUUUGUUUAUUGGUUUAUUUUGCUUUUUGUCUUAAAGGACUUUGAACAUAUUUUCACAGAGUAUGGCAACUGCUAUACAUUUAAUCAUGAUGAGGGCUCGUUAAACAAAAAGGCCAGCACACCAGGAAGUGGUCUAAGUGUACUCUUUGACAUAAAACAGGUAUUUUAACAGAGUAAUUGAGUAUUACAAUAUAUUUUCAUUUUUUUUAAAUAUAUAUUUAUAUAAAUAGCACUGCUAAUAAUACCUAUAGUAUUUCCAUAUAAUUUGUGGGCAAUGUUCACCUUGACAUUCAACUUGCAGUGUGCAUUGUUUCAUAGCUACAUCAGUGGUUGUAAGUCUUUCAGCAGGAGGAGCCCAUAUCUUAUACAAGGCAUCAACUUGGCAACCUGCUAUUCUCUUAAAAGUAGUAGUAGUAGUGAUGCCCCUUGUCACUGCAACAAACUAUAGCUGUUACAAUAUUUAUGAUGUUUAACAGAUAAAACAAUUAAAGGAACACUAUAGUCACCUAAAUUACUUUAGCUAAAUAAAGCAGUUUUAGUGUAUAGAUCAUUCCACUGCAAUUUCACUGCUCAAUUCACUGUCAUUUAGGAGUUAAAUCACUUUGUUUCUGUUUAUGCAGCCCUAGCCACACCUCCCCUGGCUAUGAUUGACAGAGCCUGCAUGAAAAAAAAAACUGGAUUCACUUUCAAACAUAUGUAAUUUACCUUAAAUAAUUGUAUGUCAAUCUCUAAAUUGAACUUUAAUCACAUACAGGAGGCUCUUGCAGGGUCUAGCAAGCUAUUAACAUAGCAGGGGAUAAGAAAAUCUUAAUUAAACAGAACUUGCAAUAAAGAAAGCUUAAAUAGGGCUCUCUUUACAGGAAGUGUUUAUGGAAGGCUGUGCAAGUCACAUGCAGGGAGGUGUGACUAGGGUUCAUAAACAAAGGGAUUUAACUCCUAAAUGGCAGAGGAUUGAGCAGUGAGGCUGCAGGGGCAUGUUCUAUACACCAAAACUGCUUCAUUAAGCUAAAGUUGUUCAGGUGACUAUAGUGUCCCUUUAAGGGCCUUUCUCCACCGAGUUUUAACUAGCAUUUUUCUCCCACACUGAGCCAAGACAACCAAAUUAGAAGGCUUUUACUGCCUUAUUAUAGAAAAAUUGCAGAGCUUCACUAUUGUUGUUACUGUAAGUGUGAAGUCAGGCCUGAAGAACAGAGAUGGAGAUGCAACAUACAAACACACACAUAUACAGACACAUAAACAAAAUAGUUUAGUCACCUUCCUGUUUCCUACCUUUUAGGAGCAGGAGGGUAAAGUUUCCUGGGGUCCUGUGGCUCAGCCUGAUGAGAGUCAGAGUUACCACUCUGACACCCGCCUCUCCUUCCUCCCGUGCGGCUCCCGGUGUAAGCUGGGAGGAGUGACCGAGGCAAUCACUUCCUCCCAGCUCUGAUGUCAUCACAGGAGGCCCAGUUGCGUUGUUAAAGUGCCACAGCGUUGACCGUUCUCCCUGGAAAUACAUUGCCAUUGGUUGGUCCUAAUAGCAUGGGCUACCCGAUGGGCCCCUUCAAUGCGGCCCUGGCGGUUUUACAGCGCAGCCUGCGACGCGUUACUUAGCCGGCGUGCACACUGCACUACUGAGAUAUUUGCACUUGUGUGCCUGGGUCUAGUUGCAUCCUCAGCACAUGCGACUUUGGCAGUCUAGAACUCCAGACUGUCAAUGUCAAUUCUGUGCAUAUUUUACCUCUGUUAUCAGCUCUCAUGCUGACAGCAAAAGUAGAGCAGACAGAGUGCCUGCUAAGGGAAAAUUAGCUCUCCCCCACAACCCUCCCUUCACGACUUUUGUUAACUAUAAAAAACAACCUCCCUCUCUUUCCCCUCAUGAGAGCGUGCGGCCUCUGUGACGUCAUAGGUGGUGCAUAAAAUCAAAGGGUGACUAACUAACCUACCUCAUUGAUGGUUGUUUUGCCAAUUUUUGAACACAUUAUAUUAUUAAUUCCGAUGUAAUUAUUGUUUGUUUAGAUUUCCUAUUAUUCUUUGUGUUAUUUCACUUCUCAAUAAAAUCUUAUUUACUAUAAAAGGACUUUGCAAGUCAAUGUACAUGUUAAAUGUUUUUGUGAGUUGCCAUAAUCACACUAACAUGGCCAAAAUUAAAUUCUUUAGAAAAACAGUGAUUCUUUCCAAAACCUAUAUUUGAAUGAAUUAAGAUUAGGGCUUUUAGAGUAUUAGAACAAUUAGAGAAAGCAUUCACUAAAUGCAAUUUUUGUUAACUUUUUGUAGAAUGUAAUUAUAAAGUUCGACAUCAUUAUAUAAUGUGUUUCACUUAGUCUGAAUUCACAGAUGAACCUUCUCUGGGUUACGUUGAUGCUGGAAUUACAUUUGUAAUACAUUCUGCAAAUAUUCGUCCAAAGUUUGAUGGCCAAGGUGUAUAUAGUCCUGUGGGGAUGCACGGGCAUGUUUCAAUACAGCAUUUGAAGGUAAUACCAUUUAAAAUGUGUAGCAAUUAAUAAUCAUAGGCAGUCAGUUAUAUUUACUAUUUGUUUGUCUGUCUGUGUGUACAUCUGCCAUUUGUGAAUGCAGGUAUUUGCCAGCUGUAACCAAAAGUGUUUUAUAAAUUAAGUAGGAUCUUAUGUUAAGUCAGGCUAGGCAAUCUUUGGCACUCCAGACAUUGUGGACUACCGAAGGUUGCCUCCCUCUGUUUUAGGUCAAUGUGAACUUAGUUUAAUUUUAUCAAUGCCAUUUUGCAUGCAUCAUAAAGCCAGCUUAAAAAAAAAAAGUUCUCAAGAAAUAAUAUGCAAUAUGACAGGGAGAUAAAAUGGAGGUGCCUAUUGGUAGAAUAAAGUGGUGUUUAUUUCUAUAUAUAAUUUUAUUUUUCACACCUCAUAUAAACAUAUUUGUUAAAUAUAGGGAUACGUAAACAUAAUGUUAAAAUUCUAAGAAUUUUCUGUUUCUUUUUAUUUCUGAAGACAGUUAUUCAGGAACACCCUUGGGGUGAAUGCAACCCUUAUCUAAACUUGGAGUAUCACGAGGUUUACAGUACAUAUGGAUGCUUACAAGAGUGCAAAUCCCGCUUCAUAAAAAAUGAAUGUGGGUGUGUUCCAUUUCUCUUACCAGGUAUUUAUUCAGUAAAGUUCUAAUUUCAGUAAAUUCAAGCUAUAUUUUAAUACAUAUAUCUUAGUAUGUUUAAACAUCUUACAUCACAUGCUCUAUUUAAUAAAUCGUGCACAAGGUUCAUAAUUGGGAAAGCUUUACAGAACUGAAAAGAAAAGCCUUUAUCACUUAUAGGGUUUUAUGGAAUAUUGGUGUUGGUUACCAGUUAAAGGUUGUGUUAAUAAUGGUUCAUCACAAAAUAUUCUAAACCGCCCACUAGACACAUACAUCAGGACUCACACAUCUAAACACCUGAGCCCAACGGAUUCGGCCACUCUAGACAGACCGAUAGAAUCCUUUAAACAAAAACCCGGACCAGGCAGCUUCACCUCCCGAUACUAUAAACAGUUUCACUCACCACUGACUACAUACUUCUUCAAAGCAUUUAAUUCAUUCCUAGACAAAGAGGGGGCCCCUCCCCAGACUCUAGAAGCGUACACCACCCUUAUUGCAAAGCUGGGUAAGGACCCAGAAGUCUGUGGCAGCUACCGCCCAAUUUCUUUAUCAAAUUGCAACCUGAAACAAUUCAUGGCAAUACUGGCCCGCAAACUGGGACCGCCCGUAGGGGGGUUAGUCCAUCCUGAUCAGAUGGGCUGCAUCCCCACUAGAGAAGCAAAAUAAAACACUAACAGGGUGGUCAACAUACUGUUUAAAGCAGGGCAUGCCAGGACCCCAUCUGUGUUUCUCUCCACAGAUGUCAAAAAGGCAUUUGUACGGGUGGACUGGUCCUUUCUGGAGGGGGUCUUGCCGGGAUUUGGAUUUGGUCUGGUAUGGAGGAAGUGGGUGGGGGCACUUUACGCGCAGCCUUAUACCAGUGCCCUUUGUCAGUACCACAUCACCAGCACACAUCGGGUAUGGAGGGGUUCCAUCUGUGUAGUUUGUCUGGUGUGCGGUACUAUCUGGUGAGCAGCUUUAAGUCUACCUCGAGUUGUUUGGAGCUGUGUGCUAAAGAGUGAAAAACUUGAAAGAUCUUUUGCCAUUGAUGCAUGAUUAUUAUUAUUUAUAUAGCGCCAGCAAAUUGUAUAGUCUAUACAAAAGGUCACUCCUGUUUGUCUCAUUAAUUCCUACUGCCCCACCACUGUCUACAGACAUACCAUCUCCUUAUGUACACCGGAAAGCAGUGUUUGAUAAGAAGGAGGUAACAGAUUACCACCUCAUAGGCCUUAUGAUUUUGCCAUAGAUCUCCUUCCUGGUACUAUGCCAUCUAAAGGUGUUUUAGGGUUUAUCUCUUGUCUUCCCAGGAGAGUACCAUCAUGGAGGAGUAUAUUGGAGAUUCAUUAGCGAAGGGUUUUAUUCGUAGAUCUUUCUCUCUGACUGGCGCUGGUUUCUUUUUUGUAUCCAAAAAAAUGGAGAUCUACACCCCUGCAUAGAAUAUAGAGGCUUAAAUAAGAUCACGAUCAAAAACGUGUAUCCUACUCCCCUUAUCACGGUGCUUUUUGACAGCUUAAAAGGGGCCUCUGUCUUUACCAAGCUCGAUCUGAGGGGUGCAUACAACUCGGUUGGCAUAAAAGAGAGGCAUGAAUGGAAAACCGCUUUUAACACCAGAAGUUGGCAUUAUGAAUAUGCAGUCAUGCCUUUUAGGCCUAUGUAAUGCUCCAACGGUUUCCCAAGAUUUUAUCAAUGACGUCCUCAGAGAAUUCAUACAUUCGUUUGUGAUAGUGUACUUAGAUGAUAUUCUGAUAUAUUCCCCUGACCUAAGUACACAUCACGUACACGUCUGCAAGGUCUUACAAACAUGUCUUGACAAUGGUCUUAAUUGUAAACUGGAUAAGUGUUUGUUUGAUGAAACAGAAGUCCAUUUUUUGGGUUAUGUCAUUUCGACCUCUGGAUUCAGUAUGGAUCCCAAGAAGUUGUCAGACAUUGUUGAGUGGCUUUUGCCUCAGGGAUUAAAACCUUUCCAAAGAUUCAUAGGGAUAGGGUUCACCAACAAUUAUAGGAGGUUUAUAAAGAAUUUCUCUACCAUUAUUGCCCCAAUCACAAACCUUCCUAAAAAGACUGCGAGCCACUAUGUUUGGUCCGCUGAGGCAAGGGAAGCCUUUGAGAGCCUGAAAAAAGCUUUUGUUUCCGUUCCUAUCCUCAGACAUCUUGACCCUUAACUUCUUUUUGUAUUGGAAGUAGUUGCUUCUGAGGUAGGAGUAGGAGCUAUUCUUUCCCAGCGUUUGUCCCCUGACCAACCUUUGCACCCAUGUGGUUUCUUCUCUAGGAAGCUCUCACAGGCAGAAUGGAACUAUGAUAUUGACAAUAGAGAACUAUUGGCCAUUAUCGUAGCCUUGAAGGAGUGGAGACAUGUCCUAGAGGGUUCCCAAGAUCCUAUCAUGGUAUUGAACCUCUUGUACCUUGGAGAAGCUAAACUGCUAAAUUCAAGGCAGAUGAGAUGGUCCCUCUUCUUGUCCAGAUUUAAUUGUAUAAUCACUUAUAGACUUGGAGCAUGCAAUGGAAAAGGCGAUGCUUUGUCCAGGCAAUUCAAUGUGAGUGAAGAGGAGAAGCGUUUUAUCAUUCCCCUGGAAAGAAUCAUAGACGGUCCUUUCCAUAUCCUCUUCAUUGUUGAGUUGCGUCAUAGCUACUCAAUCUGCGUCCCCUGAAGACAAGCCUAGUGAUUACCCCUUGUUACCUUUACUGUUAAACAGGAAGUUAUGUGUUUAUGUCAUGAAAGCAAACCUGCCGGACAUCCAGGUAUAUCCAAGACCACCAACCUUAUAACUCGUGACUUCUGGUGGCCUUCCCUAAAGAAGGCCACAAAGGACAAUGUGCUUGCUUGUGACAAUUGUGCAGCCAGCAAGACCAUUCACUGGGUGCCACUAAACCCCGGUCCAACUUGUCUAUCAAUUUUAUUGUAGUACUACCCCUUUCCAGUGGACAUACUGUCAUACUUAUGGUCAUAGAUAGGUUUUCUAAGAUGGCACAUGUCAUACUCCUGAGGAAACUCCCCAUCUCUGCUGAAUUGGCUAGGAUUUUCACCAGAGAGGUAUUCUGUCUACACAGCAUACUGGAACAAAUCGUAUCUGACACGGGUAGUCAAUUUGUUCCUCGCUUCUGGAGGGCCUUUUGCUCGGAGAUGGUGUUAAGACCUUCAGUGGUUAUGGUGCUGAGGUCUUCUAUUCCUUUCCCAAUAGCUGAGUAUAAGUGAUUAUAACUGCAGUUAGGGUGUAGAUGAAUGCAGCAUCCAAGAUGAUUCUCCCCAGCAAAUAAAAUAUUCCCCAAGCAUGAGCCUAGACUUCAUGAAUGUCACGGUAGUGUACCCCAACACGCAAGAUUUAGUCCAACAAGAUAAAGAAGAUACGUCUUACCGGGCCUUAGAAUGGCCGGAGUCAACAGAGAAGUGACAGAAUCAGGAAUGAGCCGAGAUCAAGGGAACAGAGAGACAGCGAAAACAAGAACUAGCCAAGGUCUGGUACACAGGAGUCAGGAAGCCGGCAAACAAGACAAAGCAGGGAUAAAGAGAAAAACGGAGUCAGGUACAAAGCCAAGGUCAAGCACGAAAAAAACACUACUGAACGAUACAAGCACUAAAGGGAACUGAAUCAGAAACCACGAUAGGGCAGGGAGCUAAGGGGAAGGUGAGUAUAAAUACCCUAGUGUUCAAUUUGAUUGGCCCCUGUCAUAUCCACGCCCCCAAAACGUAAGUGUAUGGGGAAUGUGGAAUGACAUGGGCCAAUGGGAGACCGUUUUACAUUUCGGCUCCCACUGUCCCUUUAAGAGCGCGCCAGAGACACAUGGCACGCUCCCAGAGCCAGGUGAGUCACUGCACGCCUUCCUGAUUUCUUCGUCGGACGAGCCGAACACGGCUCGUGCAGAUGCAGGACCGCGCACGGCGUUAACAGAGGACCUCAGACGGCCCCUGGAGAGGGUAAGUACUGCUACAAUGAAGGGUGUAACAGGAAUAAUGUUUUAUUGAUGCUACACUGGCUUUAAUGGAAAUCCUCCUGCAAGAGGACCUCCCACAGUAAACAAAAGGAACAACCAAUCAUCGUACCGAUUAACAGUAAAACACUCCCUCUCUCUGCCUGGGAGAUUCUGAGAUAAGUUAAGGAAUAACCCAAUUAUCUCCAGGCAGAGAGCACACAAUUUCACCAAAACUUAGAACACCCAUUUACACACAAGGUAUCCCCACAAAUUACAUGUCCCCUGAUAGCCCCGAUCUGGGAGACCAACAUAUUCAAAUUUCACCCAGAUCGGUUCAGAGGAUCUCAAAAAGUGUGGACGUCUUAGUUUACCUACCGCACACGAGGCUCCUGCCCAAAACAGUUCCACAAAUUCAGUGUGUGCGGUCGGUCAAUUCAGAAAAUGUCAUAAAAACGAAUAAAGACACGAAUGGAGCAUCCUGGCUCAUAGGAGCGAUUGCUCCCCUUGUUCGUAUGAAGCAAACUACCGAAUGUCGCUCUCCUAGCUGUUCGGCAACAAAAGGAAGCAGGCGUUCGUAUGUUUCAGCGGUGGUUCGGGAAGGCGAGUGUCCGAUUUUAGUUCCAGACACUCGACGACCAAGUCCCUCCGUGCAAACAAGAUGGCCGCCGUUUUCUGUUCCACGUGGCAUUUGGCUAUACGAACGGCAGCCGCCCAGAGAGCGCUUAAUAGGCAGUUCUCUUUUGAAGUUAAUGAGCCAGGAGGGUGGUCGGUGUUCGGUAGUUUUAAACUACCGAACCAAUAAAUCCAAAAUAAACGAAAUAUUGCAGAAAUUCACGAAUUAAGAAGAAAAUGUCGACAAUAAGUCUAUUUUCUUCACAAUACUCCCCCCUUAGUUCCAUGGGUUGGCAUACCUGCCUAGACCCUGCCGGGUUGGCUCGGGGAUGACCGGGUAACACAGUUAUAUAUCCAAGUCGGUUUGGCGGUAUUGAAAUGUAAAAUUGUAGGGUUGCAACGCUAAGCUCCAGCGAAGCAACCGGGGAUUGUCUCCAGAUACUAGGUUGAGCCAAAUGAGGGGAUUAUGGUCAGUAAGUAGAGUAAAUGCACGGCCAUAAAGAUAUGGUUGGCGCUUCUUUAGUGCCCAUACUAGUGCCAGGCACUCCUUCUCCGCAGUGGCAUAGUUGACUUCUCGAAGUAGUAGCUUGCGACUGAUAUAUGCCACCGGGUGCUCCAUUCCAUCUUCCCCCACUUGGCUCCGCACGGCUCCCAGCCCAAACAUGGAGGCAUCUGUGUGGACGAGAAAAGUUUUAGUAGGGCCUGGGGCCACCAAUACUGGAGCCUCUCUUAAGGCGGUUUUAAGUUUCUGGAAGGCUGCUGCACACUCCGGGGACCACGCUACCUGCUUGGGCAAGGCCUUUUGGUUAAGUCGGUGAGGGGUUUGGCCAGGGCACUAGUCGUCGGGGACGAAUUUCCGGUAAUACCCUGCGGUGCCUAAGAAUGCCAACACUUGUAUCUUGGUGCGGGGCUGGGGCCAGUGGGCUAUGGCUUCUACUUUGGCAGGUUCAGGGCGCUAUUUCCCGGACCCAACUCUAUGUCCUAGGUACUGAACCUCCGCCAUUCCCACAUGACAUUUCCGGGUUUUAGGGUGAUCCCUGCCUCCUGUAAUCUCCCAAAUACCGGAGCCAAGUGUGUCAGGUGGGCUUCCCAUGUGCCGCUAUAGAUAGAAAUAUCAUCCAGGUAGGCACAUGCGAAGUCCGGCAUUCACUCCAGAAGUCAGUCCGUUGGAAGGUGGCCGGAGCAUUCUUCAUCCCAAAGGGCAUAACCCGAAAUUGGUAUAGCCCGAAUGGGGUUACAAAUGCCGACUUAGGUAUGGCGGCAGAGUCUAGUGGGAUCUGCCAAUAACCCGUGCACAAGUCUAAGGUAGUUGGGUUUGUCGAUGCGGGGCAUGGAUUAGGCGUAGGUUAUAGUCUGGUCGUUUAGUUUCCGGUAGUCAAUACAGAAACGAGUCGUACCGUCUCGCUUCGGCACUAGAACUACUGGGGAUGCCCAGGGACUUUGGGAAGCCUCAAUGACCUCUAGAAAUUUCUUGUAUUUCCUUCCACAUGCUGGCCCGCACUGCUGCUGGAAUACAGUAAGGUUGCUGCCACAAGGGGGUUUCACCCUGUGUCUCCACCCGAUGGACUGUGGCCGUGGUGUACCCGGGUAGGGCGGAGAACAAUCUCCCGUAUUCCUGGAGCAGUUUUUGUGUGUCUGCCUUCUGUGUAGGAUCUAACUUUUCCCCCAAAGCGACCUGCUCUAAGGUGCCUUGGUUCGCUGUCAGCAGGUUGGGUAAGGGAAGUCCCUCACUAUCAUCUGUGGACGGGGCGCAGAUGGCCGCCACGUCCUCAGGGCGUUCAAAGUACAGUUUCAACAUGUUCACAUAAAAGACUUGUCUGAUCCUUUCAUCUGAACACUUUGCUACAAUAUAGGUGGUGUCGCUGAUUCGGUCCACCACCUUAAAUAGCCCUUGCCAAGCUACCUGGAGCUUGUCCUUUUUGGAAUGUCUGAGGGCCAAUACCUUUUGCCCUACUUCCAGGACCCGAUCUCAUGCCCCUUUGUUGUACCACCAUUUCUGUCGCUUCUGAGCCGCUUGCAGGUUCUCCCGAACUGAGUCGGUCAGAGCCUGUAAUCGGUCUCGGAACUCCAGUACGUAUGGUAGGACUGGUAUGCCUUCCUCUCCUGUGUUGCUUUCCCAGUGCUUCCCCGAACUUUUCCCCCAAACUUUUCUCCCGUAUAGGAGUUUGAAGGGGGAGAACCCGGUGGACGCCUGGGGCACUUCCCGGUAUGCAAACAGGAGAUGGGGCAGAAAUUUCUCCCAGUGACUGUAGGCCUCUGUGAACGCUGUGAGCAUUUGCUUAAGUGUGCCGUUGAAGUGUUCAGAGUGGUUCGGGAAGUCGAGUGUCCGAUUCUAGUUCCAGACACUCGACGACCAAGUCCCUCUGCCUCCUUUCGUGCAAACAAGAUGGCCGCCGUUUUCUGUUCCACGUGGCAUUCAGCUAUACGAACGGCGGCCGCCCAGAGAGCGCUUAAUAGACGGUUCUCUUUUGAAGUUAAUGAGCCAGGAGGGUGGUCGGUGUUCGGUAGUUUUAAACUACCGAACCAAUAAAUCCAAAAUAAACAAAAUAUUGCAGAAAUUCACAAAUUAAGAAGAAAAUGUCGACAAUAAGUCUAUUUUCUUCACAGAUGGGUAUUGAAUGGUCCUUUUCCUCUGCUUACCAUCCUCAGACUAAUGGAGCUGCCGAAUGUGCCAACCAGUCUCUUGAGCAGUAUAUAAGUUGUUUCGUUUCACAUCACCAAGAUGAUUGGGUCGACCUGCUUUCUUGGGCUAAGAUUGCUCGCAAAAUGAAUCCUCUGGGUUCAGCCUGUUUUACAUAGCCUAUGGCCAGGGGGAUAAUGUGGCAUUACUUACCUAACCCAAGCCGUGCAGACCUCCUCCUGACGUGCAGUCUGGCCAGACCACACAGCCGUGCGGCAGGACAUCUAUAAAUAGAUGUGGAGUGACAUCACGUCCACUACGUCAUCAUUGUGAUCCUAAUCUGUUUUGGAUCUCAGUGAUGACGUGGACAUAUCAGAACAAAGGUAAGCCUAUUCAAGGCUUGUUUUAGCCCCCAUUCAUUGCCCUACUGUGGUUUCUGUUAGAUACUUGUGAUUUUUAGUAUCUUGACCUCAGCUUGGUAUUUGACUCAUGAUUUCUGGUAUCCUGACCCGGCUUUGUCUUGACUCUAAAUAUUUCUGUUAUCCUGUCCUUGAUUUAUCUUGACCCUGUUUCUUGUUGUAUUAAUACAUUAAGUCCAGCCAUUCUAAGGUUCAGUAAUACAUCUUUUGGAUCCACCUUUUGUGGGUUUCCUCUUUCCUGCGAUUCCAGUGACACUAUAUUAGAAUUUCUAUUUGUGAGAUUCAUCAUUACCUGUAAGUUAGGGUAUGACCCCUUGACAAUAUCCCCCCAUCACGGCCACUAUCCCACCCACUGCCACUAUCCUCACCACAACAGCCCCUCCCACUCCACCACUAACCCUCCAUGUCCCUACUACAGCAUCUAUGCCCCCCUUUUUUUUCUCCUUCACAGUGGUACCAGUUCUGACACGAAGUGCUGUGUGCUCUUAGUAAGCACUCACUGUCAGACAGCUUUUCGCUUGGCCACGCUACAUGCAGUGACUGGCAGGAUGGGGAGCACUGUGCUGUGUGCCAGUCACCCAGCGACUGCAUGCCCUGGGCCUAUACAGCCGUACACUGGCCUUGAAGUUAUACUGGAGAAAUUUCCCAGUAUCUGAGUGGGUCAGUUCAGCCAAUCAGUAGGGGUCGACAGGGCAAGUGAGCCACCUGGAGUGACAGGCCCGAUCCCAGCUACAACCCGUGUGUGUCCAGCCAUGUUUAUAUAUUAUCACAUGCUCUUUAUUUUCUCAACAGGUAUUGGAAAAGAAUGUGACUUACAGCAGUUGUACAAUUGUGUUUCUACAGCACUUUGUAAGUAAGCAUGAUGCCAAAACAUUUCCUAUAGUAUUUUUAGUUUACUUUUCACUUUAGUAAGAAUUUAAAGGAACACUAUAGGAUCAGUAAUACAAAUGCACCAUUUAGGUGGCUUGCCCCCCCUUAGCCUCUUAGAAGGGAGUAAAACUCACCUUAUUUCCAGUGCCGCGUGGGUCUUCCGCCACUGGACCCGCCUCUGAUCUGCCUCCUUGGAGACAUCAUCAGAAUUUAUGAUUUUUAGCCAAUGCAAUGCAUUGGAUAGGCUGAAAUCGGCAAGAGACGGGAUGGGGUGAAUCAAUGCAUCUCUAUGAGGAAAAUUCAGCGUCUCCAUGCAGAGCGUGGAGAUAUUGAACGGCAGUGCUCCCUACUAUACUGCACUGCCCCAGGAAGCACCUCCAGUAGCCAUCUGGAGGUGUCCCUUGGGGGCAAUGUAAACAAUGCCUUUAAGCCUUUUCUCUGAAAAGGCAGUGUUUUCAUGAAAAUGACUGCAAAGAAUGAUUAUACUAACCAGAACAACUACAUUAAGCUGUAGUUGUUCUGGUGACUAUAGGGUCCCUUUAAUGCACAAUGUACCUUUUGCUAUAAUUCCUCCUAGUUCACAUGGGUUUAACUAAGCAUUUUGGUGAGUGGGAUUCCAAGUCUUCACAGGUUCUUCACCUCCAGAAUAAGUUUUUGCAAAGACCUUUGCCAACAUAAAUAUAUUUGUAUCUAUUUAAGUGGGUCAAUUUUCCACUUAAAAAAAAAUAAAAAUAAAAUAAAAAAUGUAAUGCAUGUAAUUUACAACCUGUAAAUGUGUCUGCUUUUUUCCUUGUUGAUAUACAUAAUAUGUCCAUAAUGUCUCUAUCACACUGCCAGCAUUUUAGUUUAGACAGAUUUUGUGGGUGUGAUUGGUCUAAAAUAGAAAUGGUAUAGUUUACCUAUGUAAGGGACAUGUAAGCUAAAGCUUGUUUGAGACCUGAGCUGAUCUAUUAUAUAAUUAGAGCCUCCCUAAGCUAAAAGUGUGGGUCCAGACAUGGUCCUAUUGCUUACUGUGCAUAGGGGAUUAUCGGUCACACUUUAUUGAUGUGACCCAGUUAAUGAAUAUCUUGUGCAGAGUGAGCCUGCUAACAUUUUUAGUUCUAGACUGCCCUUAUGGAUUGAAUCAGUGAACAAGUCUAAUAGCUGAUGUCAGCUAAAAAUCAGGGACUAACCAAAGGGCAACCAUUAUGACUUUUCUAAAUGUUCUCAUAGUAUUCUGUUUUGGCGAGUAUAUGUUCUUUAUCAGUACAUGAACAAAUAUGAUCUAACAUAUCAUCCAAUGUCAUAAAAAGCAUCCUAAGUCGGUGCCAAGCGGUCGUAUGGGAAGAGGGAUCCUCGCUUAAACUGCCCUAUGCCACAAAAUAUUGUUGAUCUUGAGGUGCCAGUGACUCUGCAUCUUACCUAAGUCAACCCCGAACACCUCGGGCACCACACGGAGUAAUCUCGCGACCCAUGAAAGCGGAGCCACGAUCCUGUGUGUGAUGGCCGACCUCCUCGGUGGAGUCCCGCGGGCUGUGUGGCAGCUGAGACCCGUUCCCCCCCCCCCUUGGAGUGAUCUGGGACAUCCAGGUCCCCCCCCCCGGCACCGACCUCUGAGUCAGAACACACGACUUGCCGCUCCUGCCUCACCUUCUGCUAACAAAAUGGCAGAGGAACUCCAGCGAAGACCCACUUAGACACAGACAAAGCAGAAUCAAAGCUGCCCAGUCGACACCUGUCUGCAGAGGUUGGAUGCCAUUUUCCAGCGUUUCUGGGCAACACUUGAGGCGUGAAUGGCACCACCAAGGCAGAGUCCACACACUGGAGACUGUGGGACCAGAGCGCAGAGUGGAGUUGGCGUCCCCAGGGGUACAACUCAAGUACAAGCAGCCGCUCCCCUUAAAGGGACACUAUAGUCACCUGAACAACUUUAGCUUAAUGAAGCAGUUUUGGUGUAUAGAACAUACCCCUGCAGCCUCACUGCUCAAUCCUCUGCCAUUUAGGAGUUAAAUCCCUUUGUUUAUGAACCCUAGUCACACCUCCCUGCAUGUGACUUGCACAGCCUUCCAUAAACACUUCCUGUAAAGAGAGCCCUAUUCUGUUUAAUUAAGAUUUUCUUAUCCCCUGCUAUGUUAAUAGCUUGCCAGACCCUGCAAGAGCCUCCUGUAUGUGAUUAAAGUUCAAUUUAGAGAUUGAGAUACAAUUAUUUAAGGUAAAUUACAUCUGUUUGAAAGUGAAACCAGUUUUUUUUCAUGCAGGCUCUGUCAAUCAUAGCCAGGGGAGGUGUGGCUAGGGCUGCAUAAACAGAAACAAAGUGAUUUAACUCCUAAAUGACAGUGAAUUGAGCAGUGAAAUUGCAGGGGAAUGAUCUAUAAACUAAAACUGCUUUAUUUAGCUAAAGUAAUUUAGGUGACUAUAGUGUUCCUUUAAUACUCACCUUCCUUGGCGGAAGGCAGCUAGGGGUUACCCCUCAAAGCAUCGCCCAUGCAAGCGGAGACCCCAACGCAGACGACAGUCUGCACCGAUCCUCUGCUGUACACUUCGGGGAAAGGACUCCGACCUCGCGGACUUCAGAGCCUGUGAUUCCAGGAUGCCUGCCUCUCUAGUGAUAUGGGGCUCUCGGACUGUCAAGACAUACUGCUGCACAGAUGCCACCGCCAGCGGAUCUAGCAGCAACCCCCAAGCUGUGCCCAGCCGAGGCAUUGGGUGAAGUACCCACGAGCGGAAACUGUCUGACACCAAAUUGCCGAAGCAUAAUAUAUGAGGAGUACCUCACCCGACUACUCUUUAGGAUAAGUGACUCCACUCAUGUUACCCAUCUAUGAACAAGCUUUUAUAUAUGCUCUUUAGUUUGAUUUUUCAUAUUCUUUUUCCUUGUUGUUCUUCAAGUUACAUAUCUAUUUGUUCCCUGCUGGGCUCAUAGCCCAUAAGCCUCCUUCUGUAAAGGGCCUCAACUAGUUAAUCCCUUUAGCAGGCAAGACUAAGGGCAAGUUAAAGGCUACACAUAAGCGGAGGGUAAAAUUAGCCUGUGAGCUUGACUAUUAUACUCUGACAAGCUGCUCAGGACCAUUUUGCUCAACAUUCUGUUCAUCACACCACCAGAUAAAUUUGCAUGUGUUCACUGCCUAUUGAUAAAUACAGCUCGGUAGAUGAUAUCCCACCUGGUGGUAUAUAAAGUUAAUGAUAAUCUCUGUUAAGCUACAGACCUUGUAAUUUAAUAUAUAUUCCAGUAUGUAACAGCCUGAAAAUAGACAAUGUCUUAUGCUUGAUAACCUACACAUCGCAGUUCAUGCUGGCUAUAGCUGUUGAAUAUUGCUUGUGAAUACUACUACCUGUUUAAAUAUAAAAAGUGCAUACAUGCAUGCAUACUCGACUACCCUACUGUUACAUAUGUCUCAAUAACGCAAGUGGACUGCCAUUGGGAUACCUCACAUGCGUCUGUUACCUUCAAAUGCACUGUAAAAAUAAAGAAUUUUUUUUAAAAAGCAUCCUAAGUCUUUAAUUCAGUAUGUCAGUUGCAUGGAUGUAAUAAAUUGUCCAUAAUUUAUUUUACAAAUAACUUUAAAAUUGGGCAAAAUAGGAAAAAAAAUGGAGUCAUGCUCAACUAGUAUCAGAGUGCAAACACUGGUGCAACCAAUUUUUUUGUAAGGACAAAGUACAAAAUGCAAAAGUUUCGGGCAAUAGCCCUUUUUCAAUGCAAAUGUCCAAUGCAAUAGCCCUCUAUAAAGGACAUUAGCAUGGGUGCAGGGUGUGCACUCUGAUACUGGCUAAUCAUUCCCCUAUUUUUGCUGAGUAUACGCUGGUGAAACCACAGUGUGGAGUUGUUGCAGCACUGAUCUAUUUUCUAAUUGCUUCUAAGAGUUUGUGCAGGCAUUUAAUUUGCCUCUACCUCAUCCUGUGCAUAGUGAUAACUUUAAAAUUGGGUGAUUUUUGGAAAAAAAACAUUAAAACAACAGUCUAAUUUAUUUAAAAAGUGGUUUUUUUUGGGUUUUUUUACAGGGUGUUUUAUUAGUCAAUAAAAAUGACAGGUCGGCUUUGAUGUUUUAUUUUGUUCAAAUAUUUUUUUGAUUGCUGUCCUUUUACAGAUAGAAUCGAAAAAUUUAACAUAUGUACAGUAGGUACUUACAAUUCUACCUGCCCCGUGCCUUGUGAAGAGACAGACUACCCUGCUACAAUUUCCUAUUCGACAUUUCCAAGUGAAAAAGCUGCUGAAUACCUCUCUACAAAACUGGGCAAAAACACUACGUACAUGAGGUACUAUAUCUUUAGAACAUCAGCUCAGUUUAAUGUGAAAAUGCUUCUGUUGCUGCCCUUAUUUCUCCUAUUACUGUUGUCCAUAUAUUGAUUGCAAAAUAUUAAUAAAUAUGCAGGAGAUCUCUUUAAUUGUCUAAGGUUGGCGGCUUUAUUAUCUGCAAACAAAGGAAGUCUAAAUUGUUACAAAGUCAAACAAGUUAAUGCAUAAAACAUAGCUUUGUCGCUAUGUGUUUAAGCAACAUAACUCGGGUAGACCUGUCAGCCAACAUUAACUGAUAUAUUCCAGAUGACCUGUCUAUUGAUUUCAAAUAUGAACAUUCUGGAAGAAAACAGUAUUUGCCGUUUCCUAGAUAAAAUAGAUAGUUCACAAAGUAUAUAUCGCUAAUGCAUAGUGUAAACAAAAACUUUGAAGCAGUUCUGUUUCUUGUAAAGAAACGCUUCAUCAACAAAAUAAAAAAUGGUUGACAUGUAGAAUUAUUAUUAUUAACACUUUCCUUCCCAACUCCAUAGAUGUACAGGUUAGAAUUCUAGCUAAAAAAAACAAAAAAACUCCAUUUUACUUUCUGCAAAUGCACUGCCCUAUUGAGACUUCCUGUCAGGGCCGGAUUAACAUAGGGGCUGAUGGAGCUGCAGCUCCAGGCCCAGGCCCAUGGAAUAGGCCCAUUGAUUUAAAAAAAAAAUUUUUUUUUAAAAUAAUAAUUUUUUUUUUUUACAUUUUUCUUUUUUUCACACACUACUCUUAGGGAUUCCACCUGGCUUUUAUUUUAUUGGCACAGCCAGUAUUUGAGGCUGCCUGGCUGGUGCCAAUAUUGCAGUGAUACUGGCAAUACAAAUGCUGGUAUUUUUAUCAGUAUAAACAAGAGAUUACUAUGCAAUACCAGCACUGGCCAGUAGGGGUCGCUGUGUGUGGACACAGGCAGGGAUAGGAAGUUUCAGCAUAUCUCUCCCUGCCUAUCUAUACUCACUGAUCUGCAGGGGUGCAGCUACAGAGAGUCCAGACGGCAACUCCCACCCUGCAGAGACAGCCUACAGCUCAGGGAAGUGAGGGAUGGGGGGAAAGGCUGCAAGGAGACAUGGGGACACUGAGACACUCAGGGACAUUGGGAGACAUUAUGGCAGACACAGACACUAAGGGACAUUGAGAGACAUUAUGGCAGACACUGGGACACUAAGGGACAUUGGGAGACAUUAUGGCAGACACUGAGACACUAAAGGGCACUGGGAGACAUUGUGGCAGACACUGGGACACUAAGGGACACUGAGAGACAUUAUGGCAGACACUGGGAGACAUUAUGGCAGACACUGAGACACUAAGGGACAUUGAGAGACAUUAUGGCAGACACUGAGACACUAAGGGGUACUGGGAGACAUUAUGGCAGACACUGGGACACUAAGGGACACUGGGAGACAUUAUGGCAGACACUGAGACACUAAGCCAGUGUCUCUAGUGUCUGUGUCCCUGGUGUCUGUGUCCCCAUGUCUUAAAGUGUCCCCUAUUUUCCCAUUGUCCCCAUGUGUCCCAGCCAGAGUCCCCUAGUCUCCCAGUGUCACUGGUGUCUCCGUGUCCCUAGGUCUCCCCGUGUCCCCAGGUCUCCCCAUCUUCCUAAUGUCCUAGUGACAUGGGGACCCUGGGAUACAUGGGGACACAGGGAGACAUGGGGAAUUGAGACACUGUGAUACAUAGGAGCACUGAGAGAUCUGGGGACAGGACACUAGGGGACACUGGGAGACAUGGGGCACUGAUACAUGGGAACACUGAGACCUGGAGUAAUUGACACAUGGGGGCACUGAGUCAUGAGGGCACUGGGAGACAUGGGGGCACUGGGAGGAAUCCAUCUAUACAGCAGAAUCAAACUAAGUAGUUUUUGGUGAUUUUACAGCAUUUUCUCUUAUGUCACUCCUUGUGAUUUACAUCAUGUGAUGUCACCCAUACAUAUUUAAUUAUGCAAAUUGUUUUUCCAAGAAAGGUGGCAACCCUAACUACUUUUCACAUACUCUUACUUAAGUAUGGAAACUUAAGUGGGAUGUAUGGGAACAAAACUUGUGUGGACUGGCUGACAAUGAAUAUAGUUAAAGGGACACUAUAGUCACCAGAACAACUACAGCUUAUUGAAUUUGUUCUGGUGAGUAGAAUCAUUACUGUCAGGCUUUUUGCUGUAAACAUUGUCUUUUCAGAGAAAAUGCAGUCUUUACAUUACAUCCUAGUGAUAACUUCACUGGCCACUCCUUAGAUGACUGUUAGAGAUCCUUCCAGGGUCAUGGCUGCCUAAAAUGCAUCCAAACAUUCAGUGUCUCCUCCCUCUGCAUGCAGACACUGAACUUUCCUCAUAGAGAUUCAUUAAUUAAAUUCAUCUAUAUAAGGAGAUGCAUGAAUUCAUGUUUGUGUUCCUGACCCUAUAGUGAUUCUUUAAGGUAAUGCUGACUUUGGUCUCUCUAACACUGUGGCAUGUUCCCUUUCUUCUACACUCACUACAUACAGCUUUUCUCUGUCCCAGACCAUAUACCAGGAGCUUCUGCCUGCUAGUAGGAAAGUAAGGAGACAAGUGGACCAGCGAGUGCUAGGGGACAGUCCUUAGAAAGCGUUGAGUGAGUGCAUCAUUAGAUGCAUUUAUGCCAAGCUCAGGGUGCUGUCUGUAUAGUACGCCCUUAGUUGGCCAGCUGCAUGAUUGGCAGGCAGCCUGACAUGCAUUCAUGCCAGGCUGGCCUUCUAAUUCUUUGAGCAGACAUGUCCUCUUUUUGGGCAUGUUUGCCCCUUUUGGCAGGUUAUGUGAUUUGUGUCAGUGGCACACCCUUUUACCGUGCCCAUUGACUUCCUGCUUGACUGGACACUGCUGUUAGGGGUUAUGGAUUUACUUGAAAGAUGAAAACAUAAAUUAGAGAGAGAUUGGCAUAGGGUAUGUGUUUUCGUAUAGCUGCUGUUUUCUCUCUCUCCAGCACCAUCUCCAUCAGAUACAUGAUGCUUGGGAGUGUUUUACUGUUUUUGGUGGAUAUGAUUCUGUAAUUAGGCCCGUCAUAAUUGUCAGCACCAGGCCCACUGGGCUCUUAAUCUGGCCCUGCUUCCUGUACUACACUGAAUCCUACACAAUUCAAAUGUACAGUGCUGCUGAAAAGCAGCUAUGGAUUAUGAAUAGGUAGAGAUUACGCUUUGUAUCAGGGCCCCACCGUGCUGCCCAUGUGCCCAGGCCGACAGGGGAGAUCCUUUGAUCAGUUGCUGUGGCCCUGAUCAGUUGCUGUGGCCCACUCAGGUCGGUCAGGAGAUCAAAGAUCUCCCUCACAGGCCCAAAGGCCUUUCGUUUGGGGAGAGAGAGGGAGGACCUGGAGGCAGGGAGAGGAACCUGGGAGGCAGAUCACUCUUCCCGCAAGCAGGCUGUGUGGAGCGUUGCUGGGCAUUACCAUUGCAAUGCUCCGACACAGCAUUCUGCGCGCGCUACAGAAAACUCACCACCACCGGACCACCAGGGCUGGCUGUGUCCCCCCCUCCUUCACCAAAGGUAAGAAGAAAGGGGAGGGCAUGAAAAUUUUAUUAAUGUAUAGUAUCAUUUACAAAAAAAUAAAUAAAUACAUUUUCUGCCUGCACCUCUCAAACACACACACACACACACACCACCCCAUACACACAUAACCUCUCUCACUGACACAGCACCCUUAAAAAGCAUACACACAGCACCCCUCACACACUCAGCACCCCUCUCACACACACACAACACUCCACACAGCACCUCUCAAACACACAGCACCUCUCACACACACACAGCACCCCUCACACACUCAGCAUUCCACUCACACACACACAACACUCCGCACAGCAUCUCUCAAACACACAGCACCUCUCACACACACAAAACCCCACACAGCACCUCUCAAACACAUACCUCUCAUGCACAGCACCCCUCACACACAGCACCCCUCACACACAGCACCCCUCACACACAGCACCCCCAUCCCACACAGCACCCAUGUGUAUAUUCAGCAGUCUGUGUGUAUUCAGCAUUCUUUGUGUGUGUAUUCAGCUGUGUGUGCUUGUGUAUUCAGUAGUCUGUGUGUAUGUGUGUAUUCAGUAAUCUGUGUGUGUAGUUAGCAGUCUGUGUGUGUGUGUAUUGUAUGUAUGUAUUGCAUUUGUUGGAGGUACCAAUAAAUAUAAUAUAGUAGCCAAAAAUGAAAAAAAAGGGUGGAACAGCACUACAAAACUGAUCACAAUAAGAGAGGAGGCUGCACUCAUGAAAGGAAGGGUAACCCUCAAACCCUUCAAGGAUACUGGAGAGACAGACUAAGGGAUACAGGGUGUGCCAAAUAAAACAGAUAAACAACUUUAAUAAAUACAAUACAAAGGUACCAAAAGCAAGCAAUAAGAGUCACUAGAUAUCAGUAAUCUUCAAGUGUUCAUGUGACGUCUUGGGUCAAAUCAUCAGCAGCAUAUGAGAACAAAAAAGAAAAACAGAGGGGACCAAUGGUGCAAUAUAGGUGAUAAAUAUGGCUACAGACAACACUGAGGUUAAAAAGUGCCAACUUACAUUUAAAAGAGCUAUAACCAGCUCUAGGUAAAACAGCGUACAGUGGUAUUUAAACUCCCCACUUGUAGGAUAUCCUCUGAUGGUAGUUGCAGUGUAGGUCAUAUGUAAUAAAAGAAGGGGAGAAGGCCCACAGUGGUUUCUAUAUGUGUAAGUACAGGAAGUAAUAAGAAAUAUACUUAGAAUUUAAAGAGCAGACAAACUGCUCUAUGUGCCAGGCGUGGGUGGAACAAUCCCCACCUAGGAGUUUUUAAGUGAUGGCUCUUGUGCUUCAGAUGGUAGGACAUGACAGGGAUAAAUAGAAUAAAAAUAAAAGUAUAAAGAUUGACCCAAAUGUACAGGUAAUCAAAGGAAAUUACUUUUAUUUAACAAAAUAUAAAAACACAAUGCGUUGUGCCCCAUUAAGGCUUUAUCAAGUGCAAUAAAACAAAUAGCUGGCAGCAUACACUUAUUUGGAUUUCUAUUGGCUUAGAGUGCCAGCUGACCACUCUAGCCAAUCAGCGACACCCCUACCCAGCGGCACUCUGUGCUUCCUGACACUCAGUAAAUAAAAGUGAACGCAUUAACACUGAUAUUUUUUUUACCUGGGGAGAUGAGAAGGUCCAAAGUUUCCCUGCCAGGUCCAGGUACCAAAGCCUUAUGAUGUGGUGUCCAGAAUAAAGUGGGGGGUUCAUUUCACUUGUCCUUCCUGCUCCAAUCUCCUUUUCUUCUCCUUCAUUUGACACAGUGUUCUUUUUCUUCUGACACUGUCUUCUCUCCUUCUUGGCUCCUUCUGCUCCUUUACUUUUCUGCUACUUUCUGUUUAUUUUGCACCCUUCUGCUCCUUUCUCUUUCUGAUCCCUUUCUGCUCCUUGCAGACCAUUUCUGCUCCUUCUCCUACUUUACCUUUGUGCUCCUUGUGAUUCAUUCUACUCCUUAACCUUUGUGCUCCUUCUGUCCCUUUCUGCUCUUUGCAGACCUUUCCUUCUUCCUGCAGACCAUUCCUGCCCCUUGCAGACCCUUCCUGCUCCUUUCAGACCCUUACUGCCCCUUCCUGCUCCUUGCAGAGCCUUCCUGCUAACUUCUGCUCCUCCUCCUACUUUACCUUUGUGCUCCUUCUGUCCCUUCCUGCUCCUUGCUGCCCUUUUCAGCUCCUUGCUGACCCUUUCUGCUCUUUCUACUUUACCUUUGUGCUGCUUUACCUUCCAGCUCCUUGCUGACCCUUCCUGGUCCUUGCUGACCCUUCCUGCUCAUUUCUGUUCCUUUGUGCUCCUUCUCCUACUUUACCUUUUGUGCUUCUUGCUGUCCCUUCCAGCUCCUUGCUGCCCUUUUCUGCUCCUUGAUGUCCCUUCCUGCUCAUUUCUGUUUCUUCUCCUUUCUGCUCCUUCUCUUACUUUACCUUCCUGCACCUUGCUGACCCUUCCUGUAGGCGGUCUCCCCCAUCCCUCACUUACCUGAUCUAUAAGCUGCCUCCACCCCAUCCCUCACUUCCCUGAUCUAUAGGCUGCCCCCCAUGCCUCACUUCCCUGAUCUAUUGGCUUCCCCCCAUGCCUCACUUACCUGAUCUGUUGGCUGCCCCCCAUGCCUCACUUCCCUGAUCUGUAGGCUGCCCCCCAUGCCUCGCUUCCCUGAUCUAUAGGCUGCCCCCCAUGCCUAUAUGUAUGUAUGUAUGUGUGUGUAUGUGUCUGUAUGUAUCUGUGUGUGUUUCUCUAUGUAUGUAUGUGUGUGUAUCUGUCGGGGGGACGGAGUGGGGGGAAUAGGGAGGGGGGGCACAGAUCAGUUUCGCACUGGGGCCCCAUGGAUUGUGUGUAUGCCACUGGCUGUGAGUGUUUAAACACCAUUCUGCACCAUAGUUUUACUGACAGUUUAGAACUGAGGUGUACCUGGACAGACAAAAGCAACUGAGCUAUAGCAUCCAGUGCUCUGUGUGACAAAACUCUCUAGAUACCUUCGGUAUAUCAGUUCUUAUGGCACUCUACUAACUAGGCCACUAUAUUUACAUUCAAGAUAGCCAACUGCUUGAAUUGGGUGACUGCCUGAUUACCUCAUAUUGCUUAGGUUUUUCCUUAGAGCCAUAUACCUUUUAUUCCUCUAUAAAAUCAACCUCUUACCUUAUAUUUGGACAAGUCAAUGCCUUAGCGAAUCUCUCCCCUUUUACCAUUCUUUUCCAUUUUUUGGUUCAAUAGAAGCCCAUUAAUCUAAGGUCGAUCCAGACCUGAUAUCCUAAUGGCUUAUUUGAAAUUGAUUAAUAUAAUAACGGUUUGUAAUUGAGAGACUUUAUGCCAUAACUAUCAGUAUUACUAGUUGAUCCAGCACGUAGAACUGUGUAACACCUAGGACUUAACAUACCAGAGAAUAUUCAGAAUACUUGCUGAGGUCAGGGACACAGAAAGAGACACAACGAUGAGGGAAAGCCAGAAGUCAAGGAUACAAGAAUACAGGGAACUCAAACGAAGCCAAAGCCAAUAACCAGAAAUAAAGGAACUCACUCUCGGACAACCACUAAGGGAAACCCUGACAGGGCAAUGAGCUAAAGAAAGAGAUGAUCUUACUAGUUGAUGAUAUUACUAGUUGAUCCAGCACGUAGAACUGUGUCACACCUAGGACUAAUAGGUAACGUCUUGCCAGAAUGGCCGGACUUAACAUACCAGAGAAUAUUCAGAAUACUUGCCGAGGUCAGGGACACAGAAAGAGACACAACGAUGAGGGAAAGCCAGAAGUCAAGGAUACAAGAAUACAGGGAACUCAAACGAAGCCAAAGCCAAUAACCAGAAAUAAAGGAACUCACUCUCGGACAACCACUAAGGGAAACCCUGACAGGGCAAUGAGCUAAAGAAAGAGAUGAGCUUAAAUACCUCUCUUGUGGAUCCGAUUGCCCGUAACCGGCCUUUGACCCCAGAACUUGAGGAAGGCUGAACUUGAUGGACGCAAGUCUCUUUUCAGCUAUGUAACUAUGUAACUAUGUAACUAUGUAACUUGUGUGUGUGGCUUUUGCGUGACGUCACGAACACGUCAACGUCCUCCAUGCCAUGGGCAGAUGUGGGGUUACUAAUUGGUGUAGAUCCGCAGUGGCCGGCAUCCAUUAACAUUCUGCAGGGGUCAGACUUAUUAAACCAUGGCCGCUGAAUGGCACUACCGCACUUGUUGGCAAGGCAAGCCUCGCAAGGUGAGGAUGAUUAUGUUAAAAUAACAGACUAAUACCAUUAGUAACAUUUUGACAUUUAUUGACGGAUAUGAGUGUUUCUGGGUAAUACAUUUUAGACAAAUAAAUAUAGCCUGUUUGUUUACCUAUUAGAUAUAUAGUCAUCCUACCAUCACUAUAUGGUAUCUACUAUAGUAUCUCUUCCUCAUUAAUUGUUAUAUGUUGUAUUUUUUGUUAUGGCCUAUUUAUCAUUUUGUACCCCAAUGGGGAUCUUUCCUCAGGAGAUGUCUCCCAUUUUCUUUUCUAACGUUAUUAGGGUUCAUGCCCAGAGUGGGUGGGUACCAUUCACACUGACCACCCCUGACUGGGAUAUCUCCCAUACAGGGAUUAUUAGGUAUUUCUCUGUUGAACAACUGGAUUCAAUAUAUAACCUACUUUAUACAAUCUACUACCGAUUUACUGUAUAAAACAUAUAUAUAUUUUCAUGUUUCUAAAUUAAUAAUAAAUAUCUAGUUUGAAAUAGAUUCCAAUCCAUAUGUUCUCCUAGUGUUGAGCUAAGGGUCAGUGACAAAUGCAGAAUUGUAUUGGCACUCCUGUGAGUGGAUGGUGAUUCACUACCUUUCCAUGCCAUCUUUGCAAUAUUCAAUUUUGACAAAAAGAUAGCUUAGCAACAUGAGAAAGUUUCUGAAAUAAAGUUAACCUUCAUAUGCAAGUAUAAAUUCAAAAUCCUUAGAAAAACAAAACAUGUUCCAUAAGAUAAGAAAAUGAUUUUGGCUUCUUACAAGGCAAUUCUAAUUAUCAUGCACGAAGAGAAGAUCCUUGAGGCUGACUGACCUUGUUUUUACUAAACUAAUUAUAAUUGUUUAUAUCUGUCAACAGUACAAGAAUGUGAAAAUAUUCAACUUACAUAGAAAGAAAAAUUACACUUCAUGCUCAAAUUAACCUAUUUAUACCUCAAACAGCCAUUUUUUACCCAAAUGCCCAUAACAUCAUGGGAUGGAUAGGCCAUAAACAUCUAACUUUGGACUCAGCCACAUCCCUCAAUUAUCUGUUCCUAUCCUUUUCUCCACUGUCAUAUUCAUGUCCCACUGUUAGGGGCCAUGUCCUGGUCUACUCUGGCACCCCGUGAAGCUGGAGGGGGGGGGGAAAGGAGGUGAGCCAGUGAGGUCAGCAUGGCAUCAAUGCACGCAGACAGCACUGCUUCACUUCUCUCUGCAAGGUCCUAUUGCCUUGAGUACAGGGUGAGCGCUUGCACUAUGCUUGUUGGGGACAGUCCCGAUAAUCAGGACUGUCCAUCCAAAAUUGGGACAGUUGGGAGGCCUGUGUACUUCCGACCUCAGUAAUGUACAUACCACUCAUACAUUCCCCCAAUGGAAUUUCUCUCCCAGGUGGUCAACAUAGGGAGUCUCCAUGGGAGACACAAUUCCUUAUUUUUUUGUAUUACUGAGGGAAGAGAAUCAGCAACAGCAUGCACAUAAGGCAUGAAAGUGGGAUGAGAUAGGCAAGCCGGUGGGGGAAUGUCAGUGAUGCCUUUCACGUCAAAGAUCAUGCCAUAAGAGGCAAAAAGAGAAUAUGUCCUGUCUUGCUAUACCAUUGGCAAACCCCACACAGGACUGUCCAUGUCCAGGGCAUUGUUGUAGAGUUCAAUACCCUCAGUGUAGUUUAUGCAGCAUACCACAUAUACUAAUAUUUGAUACAUUAUUAUAGGAUUGUCUGUCCAUUGACAUAAACAUAUUUUGGAUAUAGGAUUCACCCUUUGAGAUGUCAUUAAAAUAUUAUGUAAAGGCUAAGACUGACCAUGCAUAUUCACUUUUUGUUAUUUUGUUAUUUUAAUUCAGGAAUAAUUUGGUGUAUAUUGACAUAAAAUAUCAAGAACUCAACUACAAAAUAACAACGCAGCAGAAGGCGCUGAGUGCAUCAGUUCUGUUGUGUAAGUUUUCUACAGUUAUAUUUUUCUUAUUAAUAUUUCUAUGGCAUAAAAUGAUGUGUUAAGACCAGAGACACAUGUUACCAUAUACAUUACCAAAUAAGAUAUAUUAUGCAAACCAAUAGCCAAUGACCAAGUGAAUAUGGACACCUGCUUCUUGAUCCUGCUCCCUGAAUGACACUAUUGUUGAGUGAGUAUCCCAUAUUUUUUAAAUGUCUAUUGCUCUUGAUACAUAAUUUCUGUGGAAGCCUCAUUUUUUUACAUGUGGAAAUUGUAAUUCUUAAACAAGAAGGGUCCUUUCUAAAACUAGUUGAAUCCUAUUGAGUUAAAAUGUAAAAGGCACACUCCGUAUGUCAGUAAAAUCUUUUAAACUGAUGUAGCAGGUUAGAUAUUUAGGCACUUCCUUGAGUUAUACCCGGAAUCCACACUGUAUCUGGUUAUCUCAAGCCUGGAAAAAAACAGAUAUCCACUUCUCAUUGAACUCCUUCACCGGCUGAGAACACUUAUCUGAUGCCCUCAGUCAAUGAAUGAAUGCUGAAAACUGGCUUUGUUUACACAAGAAGACUAGAUACAGUACAGUCUCCUGGUAGAACCCAGGUAAGCUUGCUUUUGUGCUUGGAACUUACUCAACUCUAUUUCAACUUUAAGGCUAAAGUAUCUAAACUGGGAGGAUUAACUGACUUGGAGAAUUUUUCCAGUUUGGCUAUUUGUUCCUUAAAGGAACAUUAUAGGGUCAGGAAAACAAACAUGAAUUCCUGACCCUAUAGUGUUUAACCCACCAUUUAGGUGGAUUGCCCCUCCCUUACCUCCCUUAGAAGGAAUUAAAACUCACCUUAAUUCCAGCGCCCUGCUGGUCCUCUGGUGCUAGCUCCGCCCCCUUGGUGACAUCAGAAUUGCUGAUUUUUAGCCAAUCCAAUGUUUUUCCAUGGGAAAAGCAUUGGAUUAGCUGAAAUCAGCAAGAGAGCAAGGUCAAACACAGUUUUGACCAAUCAGCACCUCCUCGUAGAGAUGCAUUUAAUCAAUGCAUCUCUAUGAGAAAAAUUUAGCGUCCCCAUGCAGAGCGUGGAGACGCUGAAUGGCAGAGCUGUUUACUGUGCAGCACUGAGCCAGGAAGCACCUCCAGUGGCCAUCUGAGGAGUGGUUAUUUGGAGGUGUCCCUAGGGACAAUGUAGACACUGCCUUUUCUCUGAAGAGGCAAUGUUUGCUUAAAAAUGCCUGGAGGCAAUAAUUAUACACACCAGAAAAACUACAUUAAGCUGUAGUUGUUCUGGUGACUAUAGUGUCCCUUUAAAUGUUACAUUUAAUUUGAAUUUACUUUGAAUUGUCAAAUAUUCUCACUUAAUAAUAAUAAAAAAAGCCCUGUUAGUGUAACAGAUUUACCCUUUACACUACCAGCAUUUAAGAAAAACAUAAAAAAUACAUGAUAGGUAUACGUAUACUAAAUUCUGAGAUAUUGUGCUUGUGAAUGAUCCCAGUCCUUCAAAUAAAGGGAUAGGAUUACAAUAACAUUAGGAUAAAGGGUUUCAACAAGAAUCCACAUGUAAAGGAACAAACAUGUAUUCCUGACCAUAUAGGGCUAAAAUCACCAUCUAUCCCAAAAACUACUAACUAAAAUAACUAAAUAUUUUGAACUCUAAUAGUAGUGCUUUUUUUUAUAAAAUUGUCUGUCUUAACAACUAGUAAUUUCUACCUAUUUAAGCUAAAACUGUCAGAAAAUGCUAGGAGCAUGUUUUUGCUACAAACCCAGAGGCAGUUUAUCUAUCUUGUCUAACUAGCAUUAGGGGAUUUUCGUAUAAAGGAUUGGUGCAAGUGUAGGCUUAGUUUGCACUCAACUAAGGGAGGCUCAAAAAACCCCCAACAUAAUUCUAUGGUUUUAUGAAAUGGGCUAUCAAAAUUUCCCACAGAAAAGGGGACAGUGAUCAUUUUAUUAGAAAUAUUUUUUUAAUUACUGUUUAGAUUUAGGGAGAAUGUAAAAACAAGAAAAUACACAAAAAUAAACAUUUAAAAGACGCUCAAUUGAAAUGGAAAAAGCAUAGUAGCUUCUACUCUAGUCCAGCAUCCUCUCAGGAGAUCGACAUAUGGUGGCUUUUUACCAAAAAAAAAAGAAAUUUACUAAAGUGAGAAUCGUUUGGAUCAAUAUGGAUUUUACAUACAAGGUGACAGUAGCCAAUCUGGAGAAAUUUUCCAAGUCAUCUAGGCUUCCACAUGUGUGUGUAUAUAUAUAUAUAUAUAUAUAUAUAUAUAUAUAUAUAUAUAAAUGUCCAAACUCUGGCACUCAACCUGAAAAAAAAUAUAUACCAGUAACUUGUACCUGGGUGCUUCCCAACAAUAGUAUAAACAAAAAUGCAAACAGGAGCACUCUCUUGGAUUUCCAAAAUAUAUUUAAAAACAUCACCACUAGUGAUGUCCCGAACGGUUCGCCGAACGGUUCGCGAACGGUUUGCCACGGACUCAUCAUUGAGUAAACUUUGACCCUGUACCUCACAGUCAGCAGACACAUUCCAGCCAAUCAGCAGCAGACCCUCGGGACAUUACUAAUCGCCACCUUUACAUCAACAUUUCAACCCUUCAGGGUCUUUAUCAAUAUAAUGAUAGUGUCAAACGAUGCAAAUAUAUACAGUAACAAUAAAUGUGUAACUUACCCCAUCUCUGUGAAAAGGUUUCCGUCUGAUUCCAUGUUUGGUGCCAGUGCGCAUGGGUGAAGGCGUGUAUCAGUGCGUGAUGACGUGAUCAUUGCGCGUCCUGAAAAACUAGUGUGCAUAAACAAAAGUUACCAUGGAUACACUUCCGUGACAUGCGUGUUAGUUAAAAAGAAAGGGACAUUUUUGCACACAUGAAAUUGCACACAUUAUCCAUUAACGUAUUGGAACAUUACCCAUAAAAAUAAAGUACAGUAAUUAUAUAAUGGGUGACAUUAAUUUUUUGUAGAGAUCAGGAGAUAUAGUGAAGAUUCAAAAUGCUUGUUAUUUGUUUUUCUUUAUAUAGCAUGGUAUUUUGUAGAAGAACUUUAAUGCAUAUCUUCUCUUCUUCAGCUGAUAUCGGAGGUCAGCUUGGUCUGUUCUGCGGAGCGAGUAUGAUCACCAUCAUCGAAAUUAUGGAAUAUAUAAUUACAAAUCUUUAUUGGAUAUGUAUAUUCCUAAUACUGAAGGCACCCAACGUACCUCUGUGGACCUUCAAUCAAUCACGAUACAGAAGAGAGAUACAAGAAUGUUGA